AUGGAUCGAAUCCUGACCGUUGAGCGGCCAACUCACGGGAAUGAUCUUGGUCAAUCGGAUGACUAUAAUGACGGUCGGAAUGUUGAUGAGAACUGGGGAUUUUCUCUAUCUAAUCCUACGCAAGCGAGUCCCCUUGCGUUUCCGAUGGGCCUCCCCACGGCUAAUGCUGCAGAUGAAAUGAUACGAGGUCAGCAUGAUAAUUGGUUGGAUGGUAGCAUUCCAUUUCCAGAGUUCUUUGUACCUGAGCUUGAGCCUUUCGAUCAGCUAUUUUACGCCGUCGAAUGA